CGGCAAUGUAGUCUGAACAAGUUUGGAAUUGAUGUUUCUUUAUGGUGGUUUUAGUGAUUCGGUGUUGAUCGAAGAGAUCAAAACAAAUUUUAUUUAUUUAAUAUUUCAUUUAUCUUGUUGUGAUUUGCAGUAAAAUUUCACUAUAAAAAUGUUAAAAAGACAUUUUUUAAUUGGUACAAGUUUGUUUUUUGUGAUAUUAUUUUUUCAAUUUCAACAAAGCGAAUCUUUUAUUUAUCGUUUAAUAACUGAAACUUUGCAAAAUAAUGUUGCCGGAGAGCCCAUAACACACAAAAGAACUGAAUGGGAUUUUGAUCCGGAAAUAAGUCAAAAGAGACGUUCACUGUUUUACGAAACUCACGGUUUUAGAGGGGCCAAAUUUAUUGAACGUAUUGGGGUGGGUCAAGAUGGUCACGAGGAAGAGCGUAGAACUGAGCAGCAGCUACGUGAUGUUGGUAGAUUAAAUGGAGAUCAUAAUAUAAAUUAUCCUGCAUAAAAUGCACCACCAAACAUGUAAGGACAUUAAACAUGUUUGCAUUUCUAUAGUAUUUAUAUAUCUUUAUAGUAUCUUUAUUAAGCCAACUACAUGAUAUUACAUAUUUAAUUAUUUUAUAUUGUUUAAUGUUCAUAUUGUUGUUGUUAAAAAUAGAAAAGAUUUAAUAAAUGUACAUAUCGCCCAUUUA